AAAGUACUCGUGUGGUGUAAGGGGAAUACAUUGGAAGAGCUUGGCCGUUGGGAAUCAGUGCUUCAUUCAUCAAUAUAUCACCGUCAUCUUCCCUUUACUGUUAACGUAUCGUGAAGUCUACAGAGAAGUCUUUGCAUGAGAUUAUCAACUUGACACACCAUGUCCGCAAUUCCGGGCUUGUCUCUUCCGGGCCUGUCUCUUCCGGGCUUGGGACUUUCAAGCACGCCGAUAUCCGCUACACAACAACCUCCAGGCACAUCAACAGCACCCUCGCGAUAUGAAGAGCUGCCAGCCCAAUCCGAAUACCGCUUCGAAGUAGGCUUUAAUCAAACAUUACGCAUCAAACUCACCAGCGGUACAGCUGAGCUCUUCGGAACGGAACUUCCAGUGUCUACGAAAGACUACUAUGUCUUUACUGGCACAAAAGCCGCGAUAUAUACGUGGCACGGAUGCCGACUAGAGCUCCAAGGCGAUACAGAGGUCGAGUAUGUGUCCGAGGAAACACAGAUGCUGGCGUAUGCGAAUGUCCACUUCGGCCUCGAGAAUGAGCGUGAGAAGAUCGCCAAUACAGGCAGCCAUAACAUUACAUCUGAUACCGAUCUCGGUCCACGUGUCCUCAUCGUUGGCCCUUCGAACGCAGGAAAGACAAGUCUUGUCAAGACUCUCACUGCUUACGCUGUCAAAUCUGGCCGCCAGCCCAUGGUCGUCAACCUUGACACUCACCAAGGCAUGCUCAGCGUUCCAGGUUCGAUUUCCACCGCAGUAUUCACUAGUAUCCUUGACGUCGAAGAGGGUUGGGGGAGCUCUCCCAUCUCUGGCCCAAGCCCAGUGCCCGUCAAGAUGCCCUUAGUAUACCACCUUGGUCUCGCCUCGCCCGACGACGCUGGCACAAUAUUCAGGCCGCUCAUCACACGCAUGGCCCUCGCUGUGACAAGCCGCCUUACUGAAGACGCCUCUGCUCGCGUCGCAGGCUGCAUAAUAGACACACCUGGCAGUAUCGCUGCAGGCAAAGCUGGACAUUACGACGCCAUCGCCCACAUUAUCUCCGAAUUCAGCGUGAAUGUUGUUCUCGUUCUGGGCUCAGAACGCCUCUACUCCGACCUAAACCGUCGCUACGCCAAAGCCUCUGAAGACCCCGUCUCGAUCAUCAAACUUGACAAAUCCGGCGGCUGCGUCGACCGCGACGAGGCGUUCAUGAAGACCCUCCGCGCAACCCAGAUCCGCGCAUAUUUCUUCGGCCACAACAGCCUCAACACGCUCUCUCCACACACGCAUUGGGUCGAAUUCGGCGCGCUGCACAUCUACCGUAUCAUAACCUCAGACAACACGCAACGAAAUACGUCCUUCUUGCCCGGCGAUGACGACGAUUUCCCCUCUCUCGGCGGCAAUGCUGCUGACAAGAUUUACGAGAAAGUGGCGCCGAGUAUGAUGAUGCAGAACUGUCUGCUUGCAGUGACGAGCGCGCAGCCGAACGACUCACACGAGAACAUCCGUAAUUCGAGUGUGUUGGGAUACCUGUAUGUUGCCGACGUAGAGGAGGCGAAAAAGAGAGUGAGGUUGUUGGCACCGAUUAGUGGGCGCUUGCCCGGGAAUGCGCUGGUCUUUGGGAAUUGGCCAGAGGAUGUGGCAGAUCUCGUCGGAUGA